AUGGACUCCCUCAGGUCCCUCGCAAAGCGCGUCAAUGUCGUCGUGUCGGCAUCGACGACCCAGAAGGAGUUGGCGGAAAUGAAUCGAGAUCCGUGGUCGCAAUCCGCCAAAUAUGGCUACGGCUUCGUCUACUUUGCAGUUGUGUUGCUGGUCACCACAUCUCUUAUUCGAUUCUAUCAUAUAUGGGGGGACAAGAUCCGCAUUGCCAAGUUCAAGGAGCAGCAAUCAGCAAUUUUCAGCAGCUCCCCGAACAAUGUCUCGACUCCCGACGAGUACGAACUCCCUAGUGCUGGCACGGAUGCUUCGAGCGCGCAUUUCUUCCCAGCGCCAACCCAAAUACCUCAGAUCAAGCGUCGGGAAUCCUUGGUACAACGAAUGAUUCCGCUGCAGAGGGUUAUUGCAUUGAUGCGCUGGAUCUUCUAUCGACCUAUCCCGGUGGUCAGAAUUGGAAGUGUGGAAUUUGUCUUCCCAUCCCUAGCGGUUACGAUCAUCGUGUUGGCUGCCUUGAUCUUUGUGGCUCUGUACUGCUUCCUCCCCCAGCCCUUGUACUACUGGACGAUUGCCCUCGGAUCACCACCUUUGGCGAUUCGAGCGGGCAUGCUCUCAGUCGCCAUGGUCCCGUGGAUUGUGGCGCUUAGCACGAAAGCCAACUUCAUCUCUAUGUUCACAGGAUUGGGCCCGGAACGCUUGAAUGGACUGCACCGGUGGUCCGCCUACAUUUGCCUAUUCUUGAGCCUCGUGCACAUGAUACCUUUCUACAUCACUCCGAUCUGGGAGGAUGGAGCCAUGAUCAACUACCGCAAGUUCAUCACACUGCCCCAUAUGUACGUGUACGGUAAUGGACUCGCGGCCAUCGUCCCUCUAUUCGUCCUGUGCGUUCACUCGCUCCCUUUCUUCCGGCAUAAACUGUACGAGCUCUUCGUUUUCAUCCACAUCCCCGUUUCUUGGAUAUUCGUAGCGAUGCUUUUCUGGCAUACCAAGAACUUCCUCUCAUCAUGGGGUUAUCUCUGGGCAACCGUUGUGAUCUGGAUUGUCACAUAUGUCAUCCGGUUGUUCUAUCUCAACUGGACGAAUCCGUUCCGUUUAGCAUCUUUCAUGAUAGGAGAAGAGUCUGCAGUGACACUCCUCCCCCAAGGCGCAAUCAAAGUGACGGUCCCAACACAAAUGCGUUGGCGCCCUGGUCAGUACGUCUACUUACGCAUGCCGAGUAUCGCCUUCUUUGAGAGCCACCCAUUUACUAUUGCAUCUUUGUGCAGCGAUGAUUUCCCGUCUGAAUAUGGCGAGGAGUACCGCGACUGUACCCUUGUCUUCCGGCCAUCCCGUGGAUUUACGCGAAAGGUAUUCCGCAAGGCUUUGGAGAAUGGUCCUUUCCGAACGUACACGGCCUUUUUGGAGGGACCGUAUGGUGGCAUGCAGCGCGAGAUGGCCGCCUUUGACGACGUUAUUUUCUUCGCUGGUGGUAGUGGAAUCACCGCAAUUGCCAGUCAGCUUCUGGACUUGAUUAAGAAGAUUCGAGAUGGCAAAGCCAUUACUAAAUCGGUCAAGGUCAUAUGGGCACUAAAGAACGCUGAGACUAUGGAGUGGUUCCAGGAAGAGCUUCGAAUCUGCAAAGACCACGCACCUGCUGGUAUUUUGCAUUGUCAUUUCUUCUUGACUGACGUCAAAGAUGAGCAAAAGGACCGAGAUAUCGUGCAAGAGAAAAUCUACGGAAUGCUACAAGGCAUUGACAAGCGGAACUCUGCAUAUAUCCGCGAAGAAGCCGGAGGCGAUGCCGAGAGAGAAAAGGAACUACGCCGCGAGAACGAAGACGGACUCGCCGCUUUGCCUGGAGCGUACACUGCUUCCCACGUCGCUAAUAACCGGCACUAUUACCAGCCAGGAAUGGACCCGUAUGCUGCUGCUGGGCCACACGGGUCGAAUAACAAUGUCCCGUUCGACUUUGGAUUUGGCAGUCCUCAACCCAUGCAACAAAGACAACCGGCGUCAACACCGCGCUAUGCUUACUUCCAACCUGGAUUGAGGCGAGACAAUUGGCGGACAGAUUACUUCCGUCCUGACAUCUCACUGAUGCUCACAGAGUUCUCGAAGAGCUUUGGACGGCGAGCGUGUGUCUUUGUGUGUGGACCGCCCAGCAUGCGUGUGGAAGUGGCCAAUACUGUGGCCAAGCUCCAGCAGCAAGUUAUGACAGAUUCAUCUAGAGAUGAGAUCUUCUUGCAUGCGGAGAACUAUAACAUUUAA